AUGCCCAACCUGUGGGAAACUCCUGGAGGCGUUUGCGACGCUGAGGAUCAAACUGUGCUGCACAGUGUUGCGAGAGAGCUAUGGGAGGAAGCCGGUCUCGUCGCCAAACUGAUUGGACCACCAGUGGGCGACGGUUAUGUCUUCGACACCCUCACCGGUACGGCUGUGCGCAAGUUAAACUUCAUUGUGAAAGUGGACGCUGGCGAUGCCGGUAUCGCUGUACGAUUGGAUCCGCUGGAACAUCAGAAUUUCCUUUGGACUACAGAGCAAGAGGUUCAUGACGGGAGCGCCGGGAAGACGAAGCUGGAACUCACUACUGCGGAUCAGAAAGCUGUCAUUCUAGAAGCUUUCCAAGUUGAGUCGACUUCGGAGCAGGAGACUUGA